AUGGAGGAAAGGGGUCUGAGGCAGUAUGAGUGCGUCAGGCGGGCUUGGCAUAGCGAUAGGCACCAACCCAUGAGAGGCUCCAUUAUUCAGCAGAUGUUCAAGGUCGUCAGUGAAGUUCAUAGCUCCAAAACGAAGAACAACAAGGAGUGGCAGGAAAAGCUGGCCAUGGUGGUUUUGAGAGCAGAGAAAUCAUGUAUUCCAAAGACAAUUCAGAGGCUGAGUGAUGCGGAAAGCAUGAACACGAUAGCAAGAGACUCCGUCAAGCGUCGAAAAGCAAAUGACGCCAUUAACACAAUUAUUCCAAGAUAUGAGGGCACUGAAACCGGGGACCUUUUGCCGCCGUGUGUUGAAGCUGCACUUAAUCUGGGUUGUGUUGCGGUAAGAGCUUCAAGAAGCCAAUGCCACAGUAAUCCAAGGAGUUACCACAUUUCGAGACCACAAGAACCCCCUUCUCCACCCACUAGAAUUUUAGAUAGACCAUCUGAUGAACGACGCCCUCCGUUUUCUCCUCCACAUCACCCGGGAAAUCAAUCAAACUUUGCAAGACCCUCAGCUGUGAGUUCUGCACAUUUGGUCCCAGAAGCUCACAGUCAUGCCAACCAAGGUAGUAACCUGACUAACCCUCGGCAUUACCCAUUUUCACUUGAGAAUGUUCCUGGUGGCCAUAACCAGGUAACAACAAUGUCAACCAACAACCAAUUGAACUUAGGUUCAGUAUAUCCAUUGUGUUAUGGAUCUCACUAUCAAACUGAAGCAUCCCAGUUAGGUCCUCAGGUCCCAGAAAAUGCACAUUCUGGGACUAUAUAUGUUGGUACACCAGUUACAUCAAUUCAGGAGCCUACCAAGCAUAAUAUUUUCACCUGUCAAAGGGCUGAAAAUGUGUCACACAGAAUUCCCCAAGUAGAUGUUAUGGACAUCCAGGAGAAGCCACGAGAAGCAGAAUAUGUGGAAGUAAAGCCACUUGUGCAUCUUACUUCAUGCUUAAGUUCGUGA